AAUGUGUUCAUCCAGUAAACUGAUUGUGGUGUGACUACUCUCCAAAAUAGGCCAGUCGUGUUUCCAAAUAAAAGGAGCUGAUAUCACAAUGAUGCUCAGAGUUGUGUUGGCAUUGCUGUUGCCGGCAGCUGCGUUUCAGUCGCCUCGGCCCAGAGACUGCAGCAACAUCUACAGGUCUGGGUCGGGUCUGGAUGGAGUUUACACCAUCUACCCAGCAGGCCCCACCUCUCCUGUGCUGGUUUACUGUGAUAUGGGCAAAGAUGACCUUGGUGGCUCUGCAGAAAAAUGGACGGUGAUUCAGAGAAGACAGGAUGGCACAGUCAACUUCUUCAUGAAGUGGGAUCAUUACAAAUCUGGAUUUGGGAAUGCUGCUGGAGAGUACUGGUUGGGCUUGGAAGUAAUGCACCUGCUGACUCAAGACAGAAAUUAUGAGCUGAGGGUGGACAUGGAGGACUUUGAUGGUCAGAAGGUGUUUGCUCAUUAUUCUGCCUUCUCUGUUGGUCCAGAGUCUGAGGGAUACAAGCUGAACCUGGGAAAUUUCAUAAAGGGGGCAGCAGGAGACUCUCUAAGCUAUCACAGCGGAAAGAAAUUUACAACCACUGACAAAGAUCAAGACGAGCAUGUCUCAAACUGUGCCCGGCUCACAUAUGGUGGAUUCUGGUAUGGGAAUUGUUUCAAUGCCAACCCAAACGGUAUCUACACCUGGGGUCCUUCACCCCAUGCAGUUGGUGUGCAAUGGAAGACUUUCAAAGGGCUCGACAACUCUCUAAAAACCAUGAUAAUGAAAAUCAGACCAGUUGAUGGGUAAAACCGGGAGAAAGACAUCAUGAAUAUGGCCUAACGCAUUAACCCAAUUCCUUGCUACAGAGAACACACAACUCCAGUUGUCUUCAAUGUUCAAACAACAGAUGGAGAAGUUUUUGAAUUUUAAUGUUUUUAAUUUGAAAAUUAUGUAUUAAUCCCAAGAGGGAUUUGUGGUAAGCUGUCAAUGACUGGACAACUUUCUAACAUCAAUAUUCCCCUGUGAUUUUGUUGAUUCAUUACACAGACAAAGCAUAUUAUUAAAAAAAAUCCUCUUAUUGGUGUUAUGUACUUUUCAAACUUGCUAAUAAACUGAAUUUGGGCUUUAGAUUUUCUGUCAAU